ACGAUUAUGUGUAUGCAAUAAUUAAGGCGUGAAGUCCUCUUAAGCCCACAUCCCUGAACGAGGCGUCCAUGCAGCAGCCAUGGCCUCGACGCAGAACACCGGCGCUGGGGCAGCUGGCUCGCCCUUCUGCUACCGCGUUUCACUCAAUCCGUUGGACUGCAACCUUGACAUGGUGCUCAGCCCCGACCUCCUGUCCGCGCACACGCUGUCGGAGGGAGGCUGCGGCUAUUGCUGGUCGGGCGUUCGAGCCAACCUGGGAAUCUUCGCAAGGGGCAAGUUCUUCUUCCGUGUGACGCUGGGUCCGCCCCGGCAGGUGAACGUGCACAACACGGCGACGCUGAUGACGGCGUACGGCAUGCGGGCGGGCGUGUCGCGCUUCCAACCCGCCGUGGAACAGCUGGGGGAGGAGCCUUUCUCCUGGGCCGUCUGCAGCACCGGCAGCAAAGCCAGCCUGCCACCCAAACCCACACCAACAACGUCACCCCAACUCCCCACCACCAACAACACCAACACCAACGGCAUUGCAACAACCAAACCAAACCCCACCGCCGGCGCCGCCGCCAGCAGCGCCGACACUCCUUCUGCUCCCGCCACCGCCGGCGGGGGCUCCCUCCCCACCUCCGCCCCCGCCUCCUCCUCCUCUUCCGAGGACUACAUGUCGUACCCUGUGUUUGUGCCGGGCGUGCUGCCGCCGGCGGCGCCGG